UGAGCAGGCGCGCUGUUGUCAAACUGACAGUGGUCAAAAGGUGUGAAAUAUCGCGAAAAAGCAAAACACGAUUACGUGAAUAGAACAAGCCGUGCUACACCGACGUAAAGAUGGCAGCGUCGUCUCAGGCUAGCCGCGGUCUUACGGCCCUUUUCAAGCGCGGAUGGAACGAAAUUCCCGAAGUGGUCGGUUCGUCAGUGAUCGCGCUAAUCGGAAUCGGUCUCAGUGUGGUCGGAUUGACCAACUACUACCGCAAAGACGCCGACAACCGCCGUUACAAGCUGACAUACGUUGUGAUGCGUCCGGACGAUCCACGAGCGGCACGCAUUCGCCAAGAUUAGAACGUACGAAAUGGUUGCUGCUACACGGUCCUAGAUCAUAAAUAAAUUGUGUGGCUCCACACAUGUAACAUACUCCUGUACAUUGC